AUGGAUUAUGAUGUUGACUAUUACCCUUCUUAAAUCGUAGAGACAAUUGGCGAUGUAACAUUUAGCAGUUAAUUUGAUGCUGGAAAUUUGAAAUCUGUUAGGAAGGAAUCCUACAAUAAAUAUAUUUUAACGAUUUGCAAUGACACAGGAAUAAAUGGGAAGAGUGCAACAUACCGGACUUGGUUUUAUUUUUCAGUGGAGGGAAUGGAUAAUGCAAGUUUAGUUACAUUUGUUAUAUCGAAUAUGCAAAAUUAAAUUGGUCUGUUCAAGGAUGGGAUGCAACCUGUAUUUAAGACGAACAAUGAGUGGCAAAGAGUGAGGUAUCCUUGUCAGUACCGUUUGUUACCAGAUGGGUUGUUUGAAGUUACAUUCCAGCAUCUAUUCUAAAGCAAUCAGAAGGUGUACUUCGCCUUCACAUAUCCAUGGUCAAACCAAGACAGUGAAGUAUCAAUUGGCAAUAUGUAGCAAUUCAUAAACUAAAUGAUGUAAUAAGGCAGGCAGUAGAUCAAAGAUCUCUAUAUAAAAUUGAAUGUGUUGGGAUAUUCCAAAGAGAGAAGGCCAAUCCAUUUGUUAACCAUUACGAGUAAUAACAAUUCCACAAAUAAAGUGGAGGAUCCAAUCAAUAACGUGUUUCCUGAGGCAUCCGAAAGUCGUCCUAUAGUAUUCAAGAAGAAAUACAUAUUCAUUUCGGCCAGAGUCCACCCAGGAGAACUACCAGGAUCACAUGUGUUGAAUGGGAUAAUCAAGUUCUUGUUGAAUCCGAAUGACAAGGCAGCAGAAGUAGCUAGAAAUGAGUUUGUUUGGGUCAUUGUUCCAAUAAUAAAUCCUGAUGGAGUAUACAGAGGGCAUUACAGAACGGAUUCGCUGUGCCAAAAUCUUAAUCGUUACUAUCUGAAUCCAAGUCUGAAUGACCAUCCUACCAUUUUUGCAAUCAAAGAAUACAUAUUAAGACUGCACAACACAGAUAGAUUCUAUGCCUACAUCGAUCUCCAUGCUCAUGCAGGUCAUAAGGGAAUCUUCAUAUUUGGAAAUCAAUUGCCAAAUCUGCAUAUGCACACACAGAAUUGUCUCAUCCCUAAAUUAUUGACUCUCUAUUCAGAAAUCUUUGAUUAUGAUGGAUGCAAUUUCACUGAAAAAAAUAUGUAUUCAGCUGACAAAGGAGAUGGAUUAAGCAAAGAGGGAAGUGGAAGAGUGGCUCUAUACAAAGAAACCAACAUCAUCUAUUCUUAUACUGUGGAAUGCAAUUACAAUUCUGGCAAGAUUACCAAUCUAUUACCUAAAUCUAGUUAUCUCUCAGAUUAGGAAGACAUUUAUUAUACCUAUGGGAAUGAAUAAAUUGAUGAUUAGAUUGUCUUGGGAAUACCAUAGCAGACCACUACCAAUAAGACAUACUUCUAUACCAUUAAUGAUUAUGAGCAAGUUGGCCAAGGCAUUAUCAUGGCUCUUCUUGAUGUCAACUUACUUAAUCCUUGCAGCAGAAUACCUGACUCGCAAUUUAAGACUUUAGCCAAUCUUAAAUCGUUUCUUGCUUACAACAUCAUGAAAGUCAUGCAUUUCAGAUUUGAACCAUAUCUAAGAAAAGUCCUUAAGAAUAUUAACAACAAAGAAAAUAUACCAAGGACUUUGAAGUCUUUCUAUGAUUACAUUAAAAGUAAUCAAAUCAGAGACAAUUUAGAAUAAAAUGAAUAACAAUAAACCAAAUAGCAAUUUCCCAGGAAACCUGUAUAAUAAGAAUUAAAACUAUAAAAACAGACACUCCAAUUGUAGUCUUAAAAGUUAGAAAAACUACCUGAAAUAUAGAAGAAGUCUAUUGAAUAAAGGCAAGUCUCUCAGGAGAAUACUAAGAAUAGAAAUACAUCUGAAGGGAAAACAUAACCACUCUAAUAAUAAUUUUAAAAAUAGUAUAAGUCCUUCAGAAUCACCAAGAAUUGUGCAAAAGCUACCCAAUAAUGAUGAUGAUCAAUAUUAUAUACCUAUAAGUUUUAUUAUGAUAUUCUUUUCA